UUCUUGUGGGUGAAACAAAUCUUUUAAUCCAAGAGUUAACUAUCAAACAUUUUGACAUGUCAUUUGAAGAUUGUUACCCUGUGCAGCAUUUUUCCUAACCUUUAUCAUGUUCCUUAACCUUCUACAUAGGAAACUGGUCUAACAUUGGGGCCUUAAUCUUGAUGUCAUUUUCUGGCUUUCACUAUCAAGAAAAGCACUAGGGAUUUCUCGCCACAUUUCCUUGCCACUGAAGAUGAGGCGCUGACGCACACAUUGGGAGCAGUUCUAAGCUCCACGGCUCACGUCUUGAUCGCGACAAAUGGGACCGAAGCACGGAGGCCAGGAGUUAUGCACCUUCCGACCUCAAAGAGGAGAAUGUUAUGCGGGUGCUUGCCCAGGACAUGAAGCAGCAGAGAAGUCGAGGUUCCCCCAAGGUAUUUGAUUCAGUUACUACACCAUACUCUAACUUCAAGAGCAAUAUUGUGAAGAGGCUGUCAGGUGACGUUCCUGUGGCCAGUAGCCCACUUGCCACAAGAUGGCAGCAAAGUCAAAUCAGGGAUUUGGAAGCCUGUUCCUUUGGGGAUGAGUAUUCCAUCGCAGACAUCUCUGAAUCUGGGGGAUCAGUGCUGCAGAUAACGUCUGAGAAAGGCACCUUGACUCUAGGAUCUUAUGAAGAACCACUGAAGACCCCUGUCAGAGGCAGUUCUCAAACAAAUAACUCUGCUGUCCAUUUUUGCAAGGCAUCUCACACACUUGAAAGAAACAGGAAGGAAAAUGUUUCCUCUAAUAGCCAGAACUGUCUAGACCAGUUAUUUUCCACCCGGAAGGUGAUCCAGCAAAUUAAUGGGAAAAUGCAGCUUUGUGAGGACUUACAGUGUAUUUGGGAAGGCUGCACAGAUGGAGUCAGAAACAAAGCCUUCCACCUUAAAAAGUUCAGAGAUGUGAACUAUCCCAUACGCCAACCAGAGGUGAAGAUUCAUCUUACUGGCCUUCGAAAUGACUACUAUCUGAAUAUUCUAGACUGGAGUUUUCAAAAUCUUGUUGCUGUAGCACUUGGAUCUGUUGCAUACAUCUGGAAUGGAGAAAACCACACGGUUGAAAGCAUAGACUUAAGUCCUACUUGUAAUUAUGUAUCUUCUGUGUCCUGGAUAAAAAAGGGAACGUGCUUGGCAGUUGGCACCAGUGAGGGAGAAGUGCAAUUGUGGGACGUGGUAACUAAAAAGCGGCUGAGAAAUAUGCAGGGUCACUUGUCAGUAGUUGGGGCACUGAGCUGGAAUCACUGUAUCCUUAGCAGCGGGUCAAGACUGGGCCGUGUUUAUCAUCAUGAUGUUCGUGCAGCCCAGCAUCAAGUUGGAACACUUUGCCACAAGCAAGCUGUGUGUGCUUUGAAGUGGUCGCCAGACGGCAGGCUGCUCUCCAGUGGCUGCAGUGAUGGACUGCUGACAAUAUGGCCCCAGGAUCCAGGUGCCCAUGCACAGGGCCAGUCACUGAGAGUUGUAUCUCAAUCGACAGCUGUCAAGGCUAUAGACUGGUGUCCCUGGCAGUCUGAGGUCCUUGCUAUUGGAGGAGGAAUGAAGGAUGGAUGCCUACAUAUUUUGGAUAUAAAUAGUGGGAAAAGCAUUCAGACUCCGAGCACAAAUUCACAGAUUUGUUCCCUAAUCUGGUUACCUAAGACAAUGGCGAUUGCAACAGGCCAAGGUGCUCCUAAGAAUGAUGUGACUCUGUGGACCUGUCCCACUCUGUCCAGGUCUAGUGGGUUUCUGGGCCACAGAGGCAGAGUGCUGCACCUGGCUUUGAGUCCAGACCAGACCCAGGUGUUUUCUGCUGCCGCAGAUGGAACAGCCUGCGUGUGGAAUUGCCACGAGACACCUAGGCCCUUCUAGUUCCAGUGACACCAUGCCUGAGAGGGGAUGAUGAGAUCAGCCGCUCCUUUUGUGUGAUAAUGA